GCCGCGCUUCUGGCGCUCCACGCUGCGGCCGCUCAGAGCAAUGAUUAACCCGGCGGGCCAGCCGGCGCGGGGCCCGGGGCGGAGGCGCGGGGCCGGGGCGGGACCCCGGAGGGCCGCUCGGCUUCCUGCUCUCGCCCAAGUUUCCUCGUAGAGGGCGCAGUGCCGGCCGGGGCCCGCGGCGCGGCGUGGCGCAGGGCGCGGCGGCGGGCGCGCGUGGGCGCGGAGCGGGCCGCCGGGGUCACCAUGAGGACUCUCCGCAGGUUGAAGUUCAUGAGUUCGCCCAGCCUCAGUGACCUGGGCAAGAGAGAGCCGGCUAUCGCCGGCGCGGACGAGCGGGGCACGCAGCAGCGCCGGGCCUGCGCCAACGCCACCUGGAACAGCAUCCACAACGGGGUCAUCGCCGUCUUCCAGCGCAAGGGGCUGCCUGACCAGGAGCUCUUCAGCCUCAACGAAGGCGUCCGGCAACUCCUGAAGACAGAGCUGGGGUCGUUCUUCACCGAGUACCUGCAGAACCAGCUGCUGACGAAAGGCAUGGUGAUCCUGCGGGACAAGAUCCGCUUCUAUGAGGGACAGAAACUACUGGACUCGCUGGCAGAGACGUGGGACUUCUUCUUCAGUGACGUGCUGCCCACGCUGCAGGCCAUCUUCUACCCAGUGCAGGGCAAGGAGCCAUCCGUGCGCCAGCUCGCCCUGCUGCACUUCCGGAACGCCAUCACCCUGAGCGUGAAGCUGGAGGAUGCGCUGGCCCGCACCCACGCCCGUGUGCCCCCCGCCAUCGUGCAGAUGCUGCUGGUGCUGCAGGUGCGUGGCGCCGCAAGGAGGCCACUGGGCGUGAGGCCGGGCCUUCCAGACGCAGAGCCUGAGGGAGUGCAUGAGUCCAGGGGUGUGACCAAGGACUACUUGCGCCUAGAGACGCUGAUCCAGAAGGUGGUGUCGCCCUACCUGGGCACCUACGGCCUCUACUCCAGCGAGGGCCCGUUCACACAUUCCUGCAUCCUUGAGAAGCACUUCCUGCGCCGCUCCCGCUCAGGGGAUGUGCUGGCCAAGAACCCAGUGGUGCGCUCCAAGAGCUACAACACCCCCCUGCUGAACCCCGUGGCAGAGCACGAGGCUGAGGGAGCAGCAGCCGGCGGCCCCGGCAUCCGCAGACACUCCGUCUCGGAGAUGACGUCCUGCCCAGAGCCCCAGGGCUUCUCCGACACACCUGGCCAGGCUCCCCCUGGGGCCUUGAGAUCCUCUGUGGGCCCCCAGUCGGGGCCCUGCCCCAGCAGACUGUACCCCCCUGCCCAGUCCCCCGAGCCUGGCCCAGGCACAGCCCACCCCUCCCCACCCUCCUCCAGUCCAGAGAACCUGGUGGACCAGAUCUUGGAGUCCGUGGACUCGGAUUCAGAAGGGAUCUUCAUUGACUUUGGCCGGGGCCGGGGCUCGGGCUCAUCGGAGUUUGAGGGGGCCGGGGGUCGGCAGAGCAUCGUGUGAGGGCCUCGAGUUUCUGCUGACCCCGUGUGUGUGCCUGGGGGGUAUGUGUGUGCAAGAGUUUUUUUUACUCUGUCCCGGCCAGUCGGCUGUGGGUCCCAGCCACUGUGCCAUUCCGGAGUCGUC